AUAAUAAUAAAAUUUUAUCUGAAGAAGCCCACAGUGACGAGAGGAGGAAAAUCGUAAAUUUGAGGAAGCUUGGAAUCGUUUGUUUGCUCUGGAGAAUGUGGUGUUCCGAUUGGGGAGACAGCCAUGGCUUCGAUUUUUUCGAUUUCGAGGAUUACAAGGAUCACUAUAAAGUUCUGGAAUUGAACUGUGACGCUUCUGAUGAUGAGAUUCGUUCCAGCUUUAUCCGUCUUGCUCUGAAAUGGCAUCCGGACAAAUUUAAAGAAGAGGAUUCUGCUACGUCUAGGUUUCAAGAAAUCAACGAGGCUUAUCAAGUGUUGAGCGACCCAAUUGCAAGGCAGGAGUACGAUAAGAAAAGGAUGCGUCGUAUCUAUGAGCACAACACGGAACUAUUGAAUGAGUACAAGGAGCUCAUAUUGACUUGCAAUGGCCUUGGGGUGAAGCAUUAUCUUUGGUAAUUGCUUAACUAAGAUUAGGUGAUAUGUAUAGAUUAUACGAUGAAUUAGCAUAUUUAGCAGGGUUGAGUUUAGGAACAUCAGCAUUUAAGCAGGGUUAUGUUUUGAGAGCAUCAAUUAGAACGAAUCAGGUUUUAGUUUCUCUGCUUCCACAAAAAACAUUUUGUCGUCUCCUUAGCAACCAUUAUAUCAGUUUUCAACUUUAUCUGAACAUUGAUGUCGAAGAUAAUCGGUUUCGUUUGCAUUACCAGAAAACUUCAUGUUGG